UACAGUCAAGGUUGAUGUCGGAAGUUUAGCGGUCACCAUUAUUCGUUCGCGCGUAGGGUUUUGUUAAAACAAAAUAAAGGUGGGAUGUCAAACUCUUUUGGAUAAUGAUGCCUGAGUUUGUUUCGUCAUAGACCUGUAGUUUCCUCUGAUCUACGCUGGUCAUGUUCAAGGUAUCUGUUGUGAAUUUACCGCUCGCAGCGUGGUAUAAGUAGUAGUAAAUAAACAUUUAUACGUUUGCAUUUUUUAAAAGCAGGGGGGAAGGAAAUCAGUAAAUGACUACUCUCUACUACAUUUCAAAGAUUUGUAUCACUCUUUGUAUAUAGUUUAUUGGAAGAGUUUUGCCGAUGAAAGAAAAAACAAACUAUGGAACUGGAAUGUUUAUAGAAGAAUAUCAGUCAUUUUGUAAGAUAGGAGAAUAAGCACGGAAAUCUCAGUUAUGGAUUUGGAAUAUACUCUCUUCGUUAUUUGUUACAUGGCUUUAUUCACAUGUUCCAGAGAAAUACCACUUGAGUUAAAUAAUGGAACAGCAACUCCUGCAAAUGAAUCAAAAGCUGAGAUUCAAGUUACAUCGUUGGUAAAUAAUACAGAAGAAGUCACAGAUAAAGAAACCAGUUCAGGCAGUAGAUUGAACUAUGCCAGGAUAUUACCUGAAAGAACGACUUUAGGGUAUGAAGAGUGGUGGUUUCUUACUACUAGGAGGCCUAUAAUUUCAUUUAAAGACUUUCCUGGGCGCCCUGGAGUGGCAACAUGGAAAGAAUUGUCUCCCAGUGCUGGUGCUGACGACAGGAAAAUGCGAAAAACGAGUAAUCCAACUGCAGCGGGAGUUUCAAGCAGCUGUCGAAUGCUCAAAGGAUUUGACGACAUUACCCUGAUUCUAAAAGUACUCUGGAUUGCAUACUGGUUUCCGUUUUAUUACUGGUGAUGACGAACAUUGUAAAUAUUACACUGUCUGCUGCGAUCUAAUUAUCAUCAUAAAUGAUUGUUUAACUAUAGUGGGGUUUCCUUAGGAGUAUACAUUUAGCAACCCGUUAGUUAUUUUACAAAUUAUCCUUUCUCGAUUUAUUUACUUUGGUACAGUACUAUAUGUACAUAUAUCAUUUGCACAUGUAACAUUUUCUCAUUUUUUCCGUUAAUGAAGCGAAAACUUACUUCGCUUAAAGUAAGGAAUCAUCCAAAACACAUUUUUAAUCAUUAACAGAAACAGAUGAUUUUGUAUUUCUUUCCUUUGCAUUGUUUAUUUUGUGCAUUAAAAUUCCCAACUUCUGAUGUAUUUCAUUAAAAAACAGUUAUAUGAAAAGUA